AUGGACCUGGCAGCUGUGACAGACAACAGCGUUGUCCGCCAGGUAGUAACGGACGAUAUCAUCCAUGUCCACCGCCAGCCUCGCAACUCGCUUCUCUUGUACUUGAGAACGGAAGCCGCCAAGAUUAAGCUUGCGGGUCAACGCUGCCAAUUUAUGGGGAGGUCUUUAACGUUUGAGUCGUUAAACCCGCUCUCGGACGCGUUCUAUCUCGACAUUCUCGGGGUGCGCAGCGACGCGGUGGCAUUGUUUACGAGCUUUCUUGGACACGGCUGUCAGCCAAUCUAUUUCAACUUCACGUACCGUGACCCGAAGUCAACAGUCACCUCUGGCAUCGUCAGAUACUAUUUCAACUCGUCUACGUGUCCUGCGACCCUUGUGCUCAACGGACAGGUUUGCGACCAAGUAAACCUCGGAGGCAUGUUGUACUCGGUACGGGCCCGCGGUGCUCAAGCAAUUCAGUACCAUCUGACCCCGAACAAACUGUCUCAACAUUCUCUUGA